AUGGAAAUCAUUACAGAAAGGUUCUACUCGGAAUUUUCCCGUUUAUCAACUCCCGUGUCAAGCCCGAUCAUCCCCACUGGUGAAGUUCCACCACGAAUUCUGCCUUCAGAAGUACGAGUCGCUAUCAAGAGCAUGGAACCUGCCACAGCCCCCGGACCUGAUUUUAUAUCAGCGGACUUUCUUUGGGCUGCUGGCCAUCCACUUCAUGUAAUAUUAGCAGCGCACAUGACAUCCUGCUGCUUGGACCACAUCCAGACCGUAUCGAGGGUCAUAGAGGUUUACCGGGAAUACCGCCUGCCCCUUGUUCUAACCUUCGUCGACUAUGAGAAAGCCUUCGACAGCGUAGAAACGAAUGCAGUACUGUCAGUGCUGGUCGAUGAAGGUAUGGACGCGCCGUAUGUGAGGACAUUAGCCAACUGCUACGUCGAUGCAUGA